UCAAUGGCCUAUGAUCGUUAUGCUGCAGUGUGUAAACCCUUACAUUAUACUACCACUAUGACAAAACGUGCAUGUACUUGCCUAGCUAUUGCCUCCUAUACCUUUGGCAUUUUGAAUGCUUCUAUACAAACCGGAGACACAUUCUCCCUCCAUUUUUGUGUAUACAAUGUGACUAAUCACUUUUUCUGUGAUAUUCCAGCAGUGAGGGUUCUAGGUUGCUCUGAUAAACGCAUGAACGAGAUGAUUCUUAUUCUUAUGUCUAGCUUUCCCAUCAUGUUUGCUUUUCUUGUUAUCUUGAUUUCCUACCUACUCAUAUUUGUGAAUAUUUUGAAGAUGCACUCAGGUGAUGGAUACCAGAAGGCUUUUUCUACAUGUGCUUCUCACCUCAUUGCAGUUUUCACAUUUUAUGGGACUGUCACCAUAAUGUACUUAAAGCCAAGUUCCAGUCAUUCCAUGGACACAGAUAAAUUUGUCUCUGUGUUUUAUACUAUGGUUAUUCCCAUGCUGAAUCCUGUGGUCUACAGCCUGAGGAACAAAGAAGUUAAAAAUGCAGUUAAGAGAGUUGUUCAAAGGUCAAAGUUAUGUUUAGGUUUAGUACCUUACUGA